AUGGGGGGUGGCAUCCAAUCCGAUUACUCGUAUUCCGCGGUACCUCCUUGUCUAUACGAAAACCAAGCCAUCUCAAUGGGUAUAAUUAACCCAACUAUAUACAGAUGUUUGGCGGACGAUGUGUUGACUCCCGAGAAGGUCGAGUAUAUAUCUAGACUCUUUAAAGCACUCAACGACUCAAUUAGUAGUUACUUCCAAGUGCAUCAAAUCGACUUUAAGAAGCAAGUCGCUGCUGGGAAGUACUGUGGCGAUGCCAAAUUUGAGAGUUCGUAUACCAUCCCAAGUGAUACUGAUUUUCACAUUAUGGUUCUGUCACACCCAUACUCCACUCCAGGCGUGUUGGCGUAUGCUGCAAGUUGCAGUUCGACUUCGGACUACCUUGUGAAUCGUCAGCGCCCUGUUUUGGGGUAUGUCAAUGUUGUUACAAAACAACUCAAAUUGUCGGAAGACAACUUCAGAGACCAACUUGGUGUUGUGUUCCAUGAGUGUAUGCAUGCAAUGGGGUUUGAUGGAGACUUAGCAGUCGACAAGCAGGUUGGUGAUUUAAACCUUCGAGUAAUCACUGACGAGAUCGUUGUUUCUCGCGCACGAAAACAUUUCAAUUGUCCGAACAUGUCAUACGUUCCACUCGAAGAUGGUGGAGGGAGUGGGACUGCUGGGUCGCAUUGGGAGCGUCGGUUAUUCAUAUCAGAAAUCAUGAAUGGGAUAGCAUCGACCAAUCCCCGGGUGAGUGAAUUUACACUUGCGUACUUUGAAGCGAUGUUGGUGUACAAAGUGAAUUACGACCAAGCCGACGCAUUCUCUUGGGGAAGGAAUGAAGGGUGUUCUUUCUUGUAUAAUUGUUCGGAAUGGAGGAAACAAAAUGGGUAUCGCUGUAUGAGUGGUGUAAGGAGGUGUACCAAUGAUCGAUCGGGUGUUGGCGUAUGUGAUGGGAAUACGUUUAAAGAGACUUUGAAUAGCUCGUAUCAACACUAUGGAAGUCCAAACAUUGGAGGAAAUGAUGAAAUAGCAGAUAAUUGCAUUUUUGUUUCUUCAUUAUCAAGUGGGUCAUGCUUCAAAAGUGUAUCGCCACUCACUAUGGACUAUUACAUUGGAACGGAAAUGCUCAACCAUGGACAGGGACACGGUCCAAAUGCACUUUGUUUUGAAAGUUCAUUAAUUAAGGCGAUUCCGUUUGGCAUCAGCAAUUCACACUGUUACAACGUCUCGUGUUUCAACAAUUCGUAUUACAAAGUGAGUGUCGAUGGGAAGUACUACACGUGCAAAGACAGACUUUAUGUGAGAGGGUUUGGUGGGUUGUUAGAAUGUGCAGAUCCGAAAGAUAUUUGCGGAGUGACUGGUGUGACAGACUGGCCAGAAGUAGAAAGUGUGAGUCAGAGUGUUGUUCAGCUAGACACUGAAGUGGUUUUGUAUGGAACACACUUGGACAACGUUGUUAAAGUUGAACAUAUGGUCGUAUUCAAAGUUGAUUACAGAGACCCGUACGUCAAAUCCGUUCAGUUCAAAGUAUCGCUUCAAGUGUAUGUGAAUGAGACAGUUAACUCGUGUUAUGACGAUUUCAUCACAUUAGACCUUCCAAUAAAAUACAUGUUUUUAAACCUAGGAGAUUGGACAAUGAAGAAUUACAUAUUCUUUGCAGUCUUCCCUGUGUGGAUCAUUGCUAUUUGUAUGUUGAUUGGGUAUGGUGUAUUAAGUCGAGUCGUUGAGAGACAAAUGACAGAGAUCGUUGAGGUGCGUAAAGAGAUCAAUGAUAAGCUUAAUAGGUCGGAUCCCUCCAAAAAGAAGAAAAGAUGUUGCAAUUGUUGUUGUGAGAUACUCUAA